UCAGCUGCAGUGUCUGGGGGAGCAGAGGGGGCCCUCCUGGUGCGGCUGGGGAGUCUCAGUCGUGUAGAGGUAAAUCGCGCGAUAGUAUUCGUGGAUGUGGGCGGCGAAGAUGUCGUGCUCGCCCUCUCCGCAUAGGUAGAUGGAGCCGCUCCGCUCACCGUUGUUGGUGCUCACCAGCCUCGUCUGACGACCCCAGGGGACGGCGGCCUGCAACGAUGAGAACAGACAGGCAUCCCAGACCUACGCAGCUUUUGACCUCGGUAGCUGGUCUACUUGGGUCAGCAGACAGGCAGCUCGAUUCCACUGAGCCUGGUCCUCGUGAGAGCUGAGAAUACCGCUACUGCACGUCCGUUGCUCCUCAGACGAGAAACUAGGCAGAGAAACAGGGCAGACACACACACAGGUCGUCCAUUUGUGCGGAAGUGGCUCCAUGGGUCAAAUCGCCUUACCGCGAGACGACCAGUUGCCGGAAGCUCAGGUGAUCCACCUUGUCGUUGACUGAUGGGUACCACCUCCCUUAGGUCACUGAAGGAAACACCUCAUUGUGGACUGAAGGAAACACACAUAUGCACACAAUGGCCCACACGUGAGCAUCGCCCUGUUGUGCCAUGGGUAUUGUCGCUCUCACACUCCCCUCUUACGAUUGGGUCCGUCGGGUCGAACGCAU